AUGCCUUACGGAAAAAUUGAAAGUUUCGAUUUGUCAUCGCGAAAGUGGACGAUAUACGUAAAUCGUGUAAAACAAUUUAUCGCCUUGAACGGAAUUAAAAAUUCUCUGCAUGUUGCCACGUUAAUAACCGUAGUUGGAGAACCAACCUACGAUUUGAUGUGUGAUUUGUGCGCGCCCGAUAAACCGGAGGAUAAAACGUUCGACGUACUGGUUGAAAUAGUAAAGAAGCAUCUAGAACCCAGGCGUUCGGAAAUCGCAGAACGGCAUAUCUUUCGUCAGCGGCGACAAAAGCCGGGUGAAGAUUUGAGUUUGUAUUUACAAACCCUUAAACAUCUGGCUAGUACGUGCAAUUUUGCUGAAAAAUUGGAAGAAAAUUUAAGAGACCAGUUCGUCUCGGGGCUUGUUAACGACGAGAUGCGAAGUCGUAUAUUCGCGGAAACGGACUUGAACUACAAGAGGGCAGUGGAAUUGGCGCUGGCGCUGGAGACGGCGGAGCGGCACGCGGAGGCAAGCGGCUCGGGCGGCACGGCGCCGGGCGCGGGCCCGAACGGCGCGGCGGUCGCGGGUGGCGCCGGCGCGGCUCCUGUACAGGUGCAUAAGCUGGACGCGGCGGACAGCGGCGGGCCGCGCGGCGCGCGUCAACGGCAUUGUUGGAGGUGCGGGCGGCAGCACCCGGCCGAAAGGUGCAAGUUUCGGCAAUAUACUUGUGAUCUGUGCAUGGCGAAAGGCCAUUUAAAGAACAUGUGCAAAAAUGUGAGUGAGCGUCCUAGUCAGUUUACGAAGAAGAAGAAGAAUAAGCUUUUUUUAGAAGCUGAAACGGAGAACGACGAUAGUGAUUUUUAUAACAUACAGGUUGAUGGCGUUGCGGAUAAACCGUAUGUAGUACAAAUUUUUAUACAAAGUGUACCUAUAAAUUUUGAAGUCGAUACGGGUAGUAAAAUAUCAGCAAUCAAUGAACAUAUGUUUAAAAUGUAUUUUCAAUCUUGUGAAGUGUUUGAAUGUAAUUUAACCUUAAGGUCCUAUACGGGGAAUGUGAUCAAACCCAUCGGUUUUAUUAGAGUUCUAGCGCGGUAUGUUAAUUGUAAUGGCGAGGAGCGCACGGCGCGGGCGCUACCGCUGUACGUCAUACCGGGCGGUGGUCCGCCGAUACUAGGCCGGGCGUGGCUGCGACAUUUACAGCUGAAUAAUAUCAGCAUAAGGUUAAAUCAUUUGGGACAACCGAACACGGUUAAUGAGACGGAGCAGAUAAUUUUAAAUUUUAAACAAGAAUUUUCUGAUGUUUUUGCCCCCGGAUUGGGUACUUGUACUAAAAAGUUUUCGUUACGGCUGAAAGAUGAUGAACCAGUUUUUCAUAAAGCACGCAAUCCAACGCUAGCGUUGCGUGAACCUGUAGAAAAGGAGAUUCAACGUUUAGUUAGUCAGGGCACUAUUGUCAGAGUGGAAAAUUCGGAUUAUGGGACCCCAAUCGUCCCCGUUAUCAAGAAAUGUGGCAGUAUUCGAAUAUGCGGUGACUAUGAGGUCACUAUCAAUCCUAAAUUGAAGCGCGAACCGUACCCGUUGCCGCGUAUUGAAGAGUUGUAUAGCAUACUGAGCGGAGGGAUUUUUUUUAGUAAGAUAGACUUGGCUCACGCUUACGAACAGGUAAUUUUAACCGAGGAUUCCCGACCGUGCACAGCAAUCAGUACACAUGUAGGCACUUUUCAGUAUAUUCGUACCCCGUACGGUUUAAGUUGUAUAACGAAAAAAUUCCAAAAGAUGAUGGAGGAAGUAGUAAGAGGGGUACCGAAUACGGUCGUAUUUUUGGAUGACAUUUGCGUUGCGGGUGCUGACUUUAAAAGUCAUCUCCGGAACUUGCGUGAGGUAUUUCAGAGGUUGCAAAAAGUAGGGCUAAGAAUCAAGUUUGAAAAAUGUGAAUUCUUUAAAUCAGGCGUCUGCUACCUCGGUCAUAUUAUCGACAGGGACGGCCUACGGCCGGACCCCAAGAAGAUCAGAGCCAUUGCCGAAUCACCCCGUCCCACUGAUGUUCAACAGCUCAAGGCGUUGGUAGGUCUCGUUAACUAUUACGGAAAAUUUAUACCUAAUCUGAGUAAUUUAUUACAUCCACUUUACGAGCUAUUUAAAAAAAAUCGUCCUUGGAACUGGAGUGCAAAUUGUGAAAUGGCCUUAAAGAAAGUAAAAAAUAUUUUACUUAGCGAUAAAAUCUUAGCUCACUACGAUCCCACCUUGCCUAUAGUGUUGAGCGUGGACAGCAGUGCUUACGGGGUCGGGGCGGUGCUGGCGCACCGGUACCCGGACGGCUCGGAGCGACUGAUAUGCUGCGCGUCGCGAACUCUGAACGCGGCGGAGAAAUCGUACAGCCAGCUCGAUAAGGAGGCACUGGCGAUAUUUUUCGGUGGCACAAAGAGUCACCAGUACCUUUAUGGUAGAAGUUUUGUUAUUCGUACGGAUCAUAAGCCUUUGUCCUAUAUUUUCGGAGAGAAACUGGGUAUCCCACAGACGGCAGCCAGCCGCUUACAGCGGUAUGCCGCUCGGUUGGCCGCUUACGACUAUACCGUAGAGUGGGUCAACUCUGCACAGAACGGGCCCGCGGACUGUCUCUCGCGGUUGCCAUUACCUCAGAACGGCAAUGAUAACUCUGUGGAUGCAUAUUCAUAUCUGUGUUUUUUAGAAAGCGCGUUCCCUGUGAAUCAUAAAGACAUAGCGGAGGCGGUUAAAAUAGAUCUCGUUUUGCGAAACGUUUAUAAAUAUAUAAUUUUCGGUUGGCCUUCAAAUACAGAUGUCGUUCAAGAAAAGCCUUAUUUUAAUCGCAAAGAUAAUUUGUACGUAGACUCUGGUUGUAUUAUGUAUAACUAUAGAAUAGUCAUACCGCCCAAGUUCCGCCAAUAUAUUUUAAACGAGUUACAUGAGGGUCAUUUAGGGGUUGUCAAAAUGAAAAACACAGCCCGGAGCUACGUAUAUUGGCCGGGCUUGGACGGUGACGUUGAGCAAAUAUGUAAAAGCUGCGCGGCGUGCCAGCAGCAGCGCGACGCGCCACCGCACGCGCCGCUCACGCCCUGGGAGUUCCCCGCGCGGCCCUGGCAGCGCUUACACGCCGACUUUGGGGAAUACAACGGGAAACAUUACUUAAUUAUUGUUGAUGCGUACAGCAAAUGGAUUGAAGUUUUUCAAUUAAAUAGUACUGCUGCGAAGUUCGUAAUUUCUAAAUUUAGAGAAAUAUUUGCUUGA